AUGGUGCAUGAGCUGGACGAUAGCCAUCGAGUGGUUUGGCCCAACGCAGACUAUUUCGGCAAUGCAAUGAAUGAUUUGAUUGACACGUACGUAACGAACGUAAAAAACAACUUGAAGACGCAUAGCAAGAAACGCCUGCGCGAAUGGCUGCGGGUAAAAGUGUUCGAAUCUUCGUUGGUUGCUCGAUACGAACAGGCCGACAUCGACCGUGUGAUUAGUUUGGCAAUUUUUGGCAAUGACGAUAUUAAAAUCAAUGGCAUGGAUGAUGUUGCCAAACGUGAGCGGCGUAACUUGUUGAUUGAAAUGGUCACGAAGAACAGUUGGUGGGACAUACCAGACAACAACAUCGGCCUAUUCACAAAUGGGAAGAACUGGUUCAAAAGCAUCGCAUUCUGGAUUUCCCUCCAGCGGAAAAUUGAUGAUUUCAACACCUGCGAGGAAUAUCGUGAAGAACACCGAUGCCAACGCGAAGAGUUUCAAGAGCUGAAUCGAUGCCGACGUCGAAAUCACCGUCCGUGCACUUGCCAGCAGCCAGUUGAUCGAGGCCAAAAUGGAAAUGAGUACAUUGAGAAAGGGCCGCCGAGAGUGAAAAAUCUGGCAGUGAUUCCAAUUUGCAGUUUCACUCGUACCCACUACACGUUGGACAUUCGUACAUUGUACUUUUUGUUGCGUCAACUUGAAAUCGUACCACUUAACAUCACACAGGACGAGUUCAGAAAACAAAAGGAGUAUUAUUGGGGCCAAUGCUUCGAUAUGCGGAAAAUCUAUCAUCUCAUGACGAAAAUGAGCAACAUGGAAUCGGACAAAAAGGCCAUUGUUCAAAACUACAAAAAGUUUGUCAAUGAAGGUGCUACUGAUCCGGGUGUGAAUACGUGGAACGCAACAACGGUACACAACAUCGAAACUGGCAAAGAGACGAACUACACGAUCAGCAGCAAACAGUAUCAUUACUGAACGAAGCAAAAGGUUCGAAAUCGACAGGGAAAGCGGUGGACCAAAGACUUUGUCAAGGAAGAGAGGCAGGAUCGUGAAAAUCGUGCGCUCUAUCCGGUGA